UUAGCUCUGGGGAAGGACAUCAUACCAAUCACACAUAUUUUGCCCACUGGCGACUGCAUGCAUAUAUGAUACCUAACCUGAAUGUUUACAAAUUAGUCUAUCAAUGAUGAGAGGACAGCUCUGAAGCCUGGAAUGGAAGACAUUUCAACAGUAGUGAAAGUAAUCUUUCUUUUCUUUUUCCACCUCGGACUGUAUCUUGAUCAAAGCAAAAGUAUUGAGUGGAGCGACGUGGCACGCGGUUUUUCGUCUCAGUUUUUACACCAGAUGAGAGGCAGACUACGGAACAGAAACAAACUAAACGGAAACCAAUAAUUAUCUAGGAGGGGACUGUUUUUCAACCGUUAUUCCAAGCCUAUUGCGCGUCGAUGUGGAUAAUACUUUCUCUACACCACAGACGUCUCCCUAGGAACCAUAGUUGUUAGGGGUUAGUACGAAACUAGCUCUAUUAAGUCAAAGAAAGAUAGGAACAGAUAGAUCAAAGUGUAAUUGAUCAUGCAUAUGAGAAUUACUUAAACUGUCAGGUUGAUGGACCGCAACUUCAUAUCAGGAAAGUAGCUACUUUCGCAUCACAAAGAUAUAUGGCUAUAAUUUGUAAGACUAAGACAAAGGUUAUUAGCUGUGAGAUGGCGUGGCCAGUACACUGGGGCCUCCUCCUGCUCUGCAUAGUGAUCCUCUACUGCCAACCAGUGUCCACCGGCAACCGCAGCUCCCGGGGGCAGUCAGGUUCAUCACAGAUAAAGACGGGUACCUGUGAAGUGGUGGCUGCCCAUCGCUGCUGCAAUAAGAACAAGAUUGAGGAGCGCUCUCAAACAGUCAAGUGUUCCUGCUUCCCUGGUCAGGUCGCCGGGACAACAAGGGCAAUGCCCUCUUGUGUUGAAGCAUCCAUCGUGCGUCAGAAGUGGUGGUGCCAGAUGCAGCCCUGUCUGGAGGGAGAGGAUUGUAAAGUACUGCCUGAUCUCACUGGCUGGUCCUGCAGCUCCGGAAACAAAGUCAAGACCACCAAGGUGGCGCGGUAGCAGAAAAACCCAUCUCAGCCAAUCGACUAAGACCCUGAAUGUUCCAUGGCCUGGCCAGUUGUCAAUCACACCAUUUUUUGCUUUGAAAAAAGUGAAGAUCUCCUUCAGUCCCCAGAAUAUAAUGAGGAAUACAAUAGCAAAUGAGCAGCCCUAUCAGAUGAGUAAAAUGACUGAUGUGAAUGAAAAGGCGAACUCAAGAGGAACUCAAGAAGCCUACGUCAAACAGUACGUAUCCUUACUUCCCUGCCUGUGUCCUCUGAGAGGAGGAGACAGUGCCUCAGUCUCAGCCAGCUCCUACCUGAGACUGAGGGGCAGAUUAAAAUAUAUUGCUUGGCACUUCUUUCAAUGGGAUUCCAUAUUGUGUUCUGUCAGCGGAACAUUGUCUUUCCGUGACAGAUAAAUGCUGAGCUGGGGAUUGCAGUCUACAUUCAGUCUAAGUUUAGGAUGAGCCACACGCAGAGACACAACUGGACAUUGAUUCGAGAAAUAGAUUGUGAACUUGGACCAAUGGCUGUAUGGAGAGAGACUCUUGUCUUGACUGUCUCAUUAAGCAAUGUGCCCUGCUAGUGACAAGUGGAAGCACCUUCGAUUUGGGCAUUAUUAUUGAUACAAUAUGUGUAGAGAUUCAGCCACACACACACACACACGUGCACAGAGAGCUUUUCGUCUCACCCAGUUAGACAAGCCACCACCUGCAAGGAUGCGAUGGCAUGCAAAUAGACAGAUGCAAAACAACGGCUGUUUGAAAUGCUAAUCACGAGGAGAGGAGGAGAGAGGAAAGAAGCUUCUUCACUGCCGAGAGUAUUUACAUCACGCUUUAGUUUGUCUUUCGAACUCCCGUCUCCCAUGGAGAGGACCUCUGUAAUAGUAAUGAUGUGAAAUGGUGCAGAAUCGUCUGUGCCUUCAAGCAAAUUGUGUCUACAAGCAAAAUAGAACAUUCAUUCUACUGUCAUUUACUAUCCUUACUUUCUGUCCUCUCAACACUUUUGUACAUCUGUGUAUACUCAUAAUAAUUGUCAUUCUUUUGUUCAUUCUUAAAGUAAUUUGAGAAUUCAGGAGCAAAGCUUUUACAUUUCACCACAACAUUGUAGAUUUAUUGUAAUGAAUCUUGCCCUGGAGGCAACUCUUCAGGGUGGUCACUAGCUGACAUAGCCACAAAGUCAGGAAAUCUGUUUUUAAACAUAACCAUAGACCUAACCUUACCCACACUGCUAACCGUAAUGCCUAACCCUAACCUUAAAUUGGGUUUUGUUUUUGAAGCUGGCCCAUCUAGUGGAAAUAGCUUAGUUCUGCCUCCAGGGCAAGAUUCAUGACAAUAAACUACAACCUGCUUGUUUGCUCACCACCGCCCAAAUCAUUAACUUGUAAAAUUAUUUGGCAUUUACAUCUUCUGAACUUUCACAAAUGGUCAGAUGUAAUGUCAUGUUUGUGACAGAAUAAUUCAUUCUAGUGUACAUGAUGCCUAACCUAACCUACAGAGUUUUAGGGGAGAGUGGGGUAAGUUACAUUUAGCAUCACUUCAUCAAGGGAAAUAUAGUAUUCUUUCUAAGAUAU